UACGCUGCAGCCCGUCUCAAUGCCGUGACAAUGGAGCUGAGCUGCACUGAAGUACCUCUUUAUGGGCAAGUGGCUAUAAAUGCAACAUUUGGCAAAGACAUUUACCUCCCCGAAGAUGCCGAGUUUUACUUUGUUUACAACGGAUCUGUGCAGAGACACAUAAUGUUUGCCGAGCGAGUUAGCGAUAAUGCUCUUCAGUCCAUUGUUCCAGGCCAUGGAUGCCAAGAAGCCGUUUCUGUCUCUGUGCUGAUGUAUACAAAGGGAUACUCAUCUGUGGUCCUUGGCACCUCUCCUGUCACUUACAGGGAGAAUCUGUCUUGCAAGUUAUCUCGGUUUCUGGUUAAUCACGUAGCUUGUGUCACUGCUGCUAGUCACAAGACUUUGCUUGAUAAGUUUCAACUAAGGAUAAAAGAUCUGCAGUCCCUGGAUAAUGACGUGAUGAUGGCCAUUGCUCAUGAGGAAUUGCCAUCAACGUGGAACAUCCUUGGAAACUACUCAGAAAGUGAACCUGAACACAAAGAAACUCUACUUCACCUUGCCAUGAAAUUGGGAUUGGUUAAACUUUCCCAGUUCUUAGUAGCCCAGCCUGGUGGGUCGUUGGCAUUAGCACUACCUAAUGAAGAUGGAGCAACACCACUAGAUCUGGCUUUACAAAAUGGGCACUCUGGGCUUGUUGAGGUCUUCACAAAUUCCCAGGGCAGUGGCUCGGCUGACAUUUCGAGAGCUGAGCUCAGUGAGGGUGCGUGCGUACGGUUUGUUCAUUCAUCAGGAACUCUGACACUGACAUUUAACCACACCGCAGAGCACUUCUUGGAGUCGGACAUUAAACUCUUCAGAAAAUACUUCUGGGACAGACCUCUCCUUUACAAGAGUAUUAAUUCAAACCGAAUUGAGACAGUGGAAGGUCCAAAAAUGCCCUGCAGUACAACAAGCUCUGUAGAAGGUCCUGCGAACUUGGCAUCUGAUGAAUUGUCCCAGGAUGAUGUGAAGCCUUUCAGAGAGUCUGUGGUUCCUUCUAAGGAGAACGAAGAUCAUGUGCUGUCGGGUGUAGAACAACGUCAUUCUACCUUUGAUGUUCUCAAGAAAUUCAAAACUCCACCUACAUUCUUUUCAGCAGCCAGGCUUUCUACCAUGCUGGAUGGAAAUGAUGAAGUAUAUACAAACUGCAUGGUCGUAGACCAAGUUGGAGAUUUGAAGAGUGACUACAUUCAUGGAGACAGUGUCAGCAAUGAGACGUGUCUGAAUCCCACCAACUCAACGCCGAUGGCCAAGAGCUCUUCAUCUCCCUCCCUUGAGGAAAAUGACCAAUGUAUAUAUGAUCCAAAUGAAAGAAGUCAAUUGUCGGUGAAAAAUGGAGAUAAUGCAGAUCUGAGACACAGGGCAGAUUCUUACCUACCAGUCAAGACUCACGGAUUUAUUAAGGAACGGGGCCAGCUUCAUGCUGAUGUGAAGAUAAGAAGUUCUAGUCUUGAUGACCUUGAAGUAGACAACAGAGCAGAAAGCGUUUCAGACAGAUCCCUCGUUCACUACCUUCCCCUCAGCUCUUCAGAGGCGACGGCUUCUCACAGAGAGGAAAUAGUUUCUUCUGAGACAAGCACUGAUUUUACCAUCAACCGGGCAGAAUCCCUUUCCUUAGCUACCAGUCUGCAGCCCAAGGAAUGCUUAUUGUCUGGAAUUCGGUCACGCUCCUAUUCCUGUUCCUCACCCAAGGGCCUGCUGGGAAGACCUUGCAUUCCCCGAGACUUUGCUGUUGGCGAUUCAAGUGAAGAUGGUGUGUUCAUGAACAGUGGUCGAUCCCUCCUUCAGGCUCUUUCACUCUCUAAGUCAGUGUCUCUGCUGCACCCCUGUAAGCGAGCCUACAGUUUGCCCGAGCAGUCCCGAGAGAAAAGGAUUCAGGAGGAGGAAUGGGAUAAAUACAUGGUACCUGCAAAAACAGAGUCGGAAAAAUGUAAAGUGAGUCGAACUUUCAGCUUCCUGAUGAACAGGAUGACUAGUACACGGAAUAAGUGCAAGACAAAAAAUAAAGAUGCCAAAGAUAAAGAGAAACUGAACAGACAUAAUUUUGUAAAUGGGACUUUCUCAGGAGUUAUCCCCUGCACAGCCUGUGAAAAGGCCCUCCUAGGAAAGGAGUCACUGCAGUGCUCUUAUUGCAACGUGAUUGUGCAUAAGAGCUGUAAGGAGUGUGCUCCUGUGUGCACCAAGAAAUCACAGGAGAGGUACAAUAAUAAAAACAAAUCACAAGUUGUUUCAACAAACUCCUCACUCGGAGACAUUUCCCAACCUGUGUUCUCCUUAGUGCAUCCUUCUUCCUCUCUGCCAAUCGGACUGUCUGCUGCAAGGAGGGAAGCCUCACAGCAAUCCCAUUCCUUGUCCAAAAGUGUUCCUGGUGCCAGUUUUGAAAGAAGAUCGAUGCCAUUUCCUGAGCAAGACUCUGAGACUAGCACCUGGAGAUCUAAGUCACGGUCUGAAGAGAUGUUGCAGGCCUUAGGAACCUAUUCAUCAAUGGAUUCUUUUAUGAUGGAAGAUGACGUGGAUUCCUCUCAGUGGACUGACCUUAGCACAGAGGCCCAAGAAUUUGAGGCAGAGUCCUGGAGUCUUAUUGUAGAUCCAGCCUUCUGCAGCAAACAAGAAAAGGAUGUUAUCAAAAGGCAGGAUGUGAUUUUUGAGCUGAUGCAAACAGAAGUGCAUCACAUCCACACCCUGUUCAUUAUGUCUGAAAUCUUCAGGAAAGGGAUGAAGGAAGAACUACAGCUGGACCACAGCACAGUGGACAAAAUAUUUCCCUGCUUAGAUGAGCUACUGGAGAUUCACAGGCAAUUCUUCUGCAGAAUGAAGGAGAGACGUCAGGAAUCAUAUGAGGAGGGGAGUGAACGUAAUUUUGUAAUCAGCAGAAUUGGAGACAUCCUUGUGCAACAGUUUUCAGAGGAAAAUGCAAGUAAAAUGAAGAAAAUAUAUGGAGAGUUUUGCAGCCAUCAAAAAGAAGCUGUUAAUCUCUUCAAAGAGUUGCAACAAAACAAGAAGUUCCAGAAUUUUAUUAAAUUGAGAAAUAGUAACCUGUUGGCUCGACGACGAGGAAUCCCCGAAUGCAUUCUGCUCGUCACCCAGCGAAUCACCAAAUACCCUGUUCUGGUUGAAAGGAUAUUGCAGUAUUCAAAAGAAGGAACAGAAGAACAUAAAGACUUACGCAAAGCCCUUCGACUAAUUAAGGAUAUGAUUGCAGCAGUAGAUUUGAAAGUUAAUGAAUAUGACAAAAGGCAAAAGUUGCUGGAAAUUCUUAGCAGAACUGAAAACAAAACAUGUACAAAGCUGAAAAAUGGCCAUAUUUUCAGGAAGCAGGACUUGAUGAGGAAAGAAAGGAUACUUCUUCAUGAAGGUUUAGUGUACUGGAAAACAGCUACUGGACGUUUCAAAGACAUUUUAGCUCUGCUUCUAACUGACAUGCUGCUGUUUUUACAAGAAAAAGACCAAAAAUAUGUCUUUGCAGCUGUUGACCAGAAGCCUUCAGUUAUCUCCCUUCAGAAGCUCAUAGUAAGAGAAGUAGCCAACGAAGAAAGGGGGAUGUUUCUGAUUAGCGCUUCAUCUGCAGGGCCUGAGAUGUAUGAGGUUCACACCAAUUCCAAAGAGGAACGUAACAGCUGGAUGAGACAUAUUCAAGAUGCAGUGGAAAGUUGUCCGGAAGAAGAAGAAGAAGGAAAAAUGAGUGAAUCUGAUGAGGACCGACGCAUCGCUGAGGCCAAAGCAUCUAGGAUUCAGAAGUGUCAAGAAUCAUUGAGUAACCAGGACCAGCAGAUCUGCAGUUAUUUGGAAGACAAGUUGCGUAUCUAUGCAGAACUGGGAGAUAUGAGUGGGUUUGAGGAUGUUCAUGUAGAACCUCACCUUCUUAUCAAACCUGAUUCUGGAGAAACUCCACAGGCUGCUUCACUGCUGGCAGCAGCCCUCAGGGAAGUUGAAAGUCUCCAGAGUGCUGUAAUAUUGUCAUCACAAGUGAGUGAAACAGAAAGAUCAUCAGAGGAAAGUACCGAAGAAUUAAGCUUGGAACACAGGCCUAAUGCUAAUGAAAUCUUGGAAACUUUUCCUGAUGAAAUGAAAGGAGGUGAAGAAUCACCUGAAGUCUGUCUCAGUGCUAGCCCUGUUGAAAAGGAAAUAGCAGUUGCCAGUCUUGAAGAUAAGGGUGGAAGUAUGAGUUUCCCAGGAUCUACAGGGACAGAGAUUGUACAAGCAAUCCAGAAUUUAACCCGUCUCUUGUACAGCAUACAGGCAGCAUUAACGAUCCAGGACAGCCACCGAGAGCUCCAUAAGUUACUCCUGCAAGAGAACGAGAAGACCGGUCGGGGUCACAGUUCUCGGGUAAACUUCCUCCAGGAACAAGAAAAAUAUCGGAAUAUGGGAAAACAAAGGGAGGAGCUGGCAAACAUACACAAGCUGAAGCAGCAGUUUCAGCAGGAGCAGCAGCGCUGGUCCCGGGAAUGCGAGCAGCGGCAGCGGGAGCAGGAGGCGAGGGAGAGCCGGCUGGGGCAGCGGGAGAGGGAAUGCGGCUGCCAAGAGGAGCUGCUCGAGCGGAGCCGCGAGGGCCUGGAGCUGCAGCUGCAGGAGUACCAGCAGAGCCUGCAAAGGCUCCAGGAGGGCCAGCAAAUGGUGGAGAAGGAAAAAAACAGUGUGAAAAUGCAGCAGAAGCUCCUCUGGCACUGGAAGCACAAUCGUCAAAGCAGCCUAUUUUCAUCCUCAGGGAACCACGAGAUAAUGGGACGUAAUUCUUCAGACAGCUUACAUGGUGAAAAUUCCUUCUACUUAAAUGAAGCUGUAGUACAUAUGUCUCUAAGCGGUCUCAACAGAUCAGAUUCUUCUCUAGUUUAUGAGGAUGGUGUGUAUGGGCUGAACAGCUCAAAUUCUGAUACAGCAAGGACUAGUGAAAAUCAGGUGCACCUCAAAAUGGACACUUCCUGUCAGCCAACACUGACCAAUGAACUCUGGAAAUCCUCUGGUCCCUAUCAGCAGGUGUCUUUCUCCUGCAAAAGCAACAAGGAUGCAUUUAAUAAUGAUCUAAAUGCAUCAGAAGCUCAAAAAGACAGUCCAAACCAUGGAUCCAUCCAUCCCCUGCGAGCAGAUGUGCUCUUGAACCACCAGCCGGAGAGCCAGCAGGAUGCAGAAAGUGAAGACAGAGUAGAGGAAAAUAUUGUUUACCUCUGAUGAUUUAUUUUCUAAUCUCAGUAGCACUUUGAAAUAUAACUAUGUUUGCUUUUCUAAAUGUAUGUAGUUGCUCUCUGUAUGACCAAAUGGCUUUAAGGAUAGUAUUUAAUAUUCAGUGCAAAAUUUGCCCCUGAUAAAUAUAACAAUUAAGUUAUUUUGAAACCUUUUUUUUUUAAUAAUCUUUAAUUUAUAACAUAAUUUCAAAUACUUCCCAAGAAGCAAUGGGAAGCAGGGGAAACAUAGCCUUUUGGAAUUGUAAAGAAACCACCAAAAGCUGUGACUGCUGGUAUUGAUUUUCUCUAGAGUCCUCUUUUUCAAAGGGCAAAUUCAGAAGUAUGAAUUUGCUCUCAGAUUUUGGCAUAUGGAUCAGUAACCUUCUAACAAUUGUGAUAUUACACAAAAAGACAGCAAGAAAAGAAUGAUGCCUAUAAUCUUUGUUCAAAUGCACUAUCUACCCUUAACUAGAGGGCUGUAACAGGUUGUUUUCCUUGUCACUUGGCUCAGACACUGCUCAGCAGAGGAUGCUUUUUAUGGUGUCAACAUUAAUUGCUAGCAAGUGUUUGUUCCUGUCCCAAGGCUUACCAUCCUUUUGAUGCUAUUACCAGUUUCUGUGCAGAGAUGCUGUAAGUCCGUUCAUUAUUGUAUUAUAACUGCACCUUAUUUCAGUAAGUGGCUGUACUUACAUUUGCAUUAAAAUAUACGAUGAAAUCUUCUCACUGCUCGAAAGAAAAAUGAGGGAAAAAAAUGUAUUCUCUUAGUUCAAUUGAAACUCAUUGAAAGUCUGCUCUUUUUCUCUGUUGGAGCUAGCUACUUUUUUGCUUUCAGGUUCAUGAGCCCAUCAGUGUGGUAGGUA